GUGCACAAGGUCGAGGAUCGUCCUCCGCAUCUUCCGAUCAUACCGAAAUGUCCGGAUGUCACGGAGCGGAUGGCGAAAUACGUGGACGUCGUCCGCAACGGCAUGAAGGAAGCUCAUCUGCUCGCUGUCGUCGACGAGGCGGGCGAGAAGCUUGUUCGGGUGACGGUGGUCGUGGAGAAGACAUCUCCCAUGCUCCCCAACGCUGCAUUAGCGGGGGAUGACCCGCUGGCCGACUUGGUUGCAUUGUGCGCGGAGAUUGCUCAGGAUGCUGACGGCGGGGUCAUAUUGUGGGUUCGCCUGACCUGCAUCGCUGAUGCGUUUAGAAUCGUUGUCUCUGCGUGCAUGUGGAUAAUGCGCAUGGUAGGGAACAACCACUCCCACUACGAAGCGUCGUACUUCGCGAAUCUUGUCGCGAAGCCCACACUUGUCGCGUCCAUGCACAACGGCUUCGAUGUCAAGUGCCACGUGCUGUCGUCAACGAAUGGUGUGAUGGAUCAGCUGGGGAAAAUGAUCGUCAACCUCGUUGAUCGUCCAACUUACGUGUUGGAAUGGGCAUCCUGCGGGGUGAAGUUCAAUGUCGACGGCGGUCUCGCAAGCCCGGGCGAAGCCAAACGAAGUGAGUGGUUGGGGACGGGGCCGAAUGUCAACGAUGAUAUGGAUGACGAAGGCUAGUGACAUGGCGGGUGCGGGGAAGACGACGACAUGGGGUUACAAGCAUAAUGCCUAAGCCGAU